AUGGGUGAGCAGAUGCCUGGGCCAGCCAGAAGGGACUUAGGGGACGGUGGCCAGAGCCCCAAACUGAAGCUGGCUUAUUUCCAGUUGGUCCAGGCACAACAUCUAGCCUAUUUGAGGAAAUCACGAGUUGUGGUCCAAGAGAUGGGUGCUGGAGGGGAUAUGAUUGCUGUCAGAAGCAUCCUUGACACUGACAGGUUUCACUGGUUCUUUCUGGUGUGCGGGAGGAGAAGUUUCUGGGGAUGCCAGUACUGCAGGGCAGACCUCAUCCUAGAGGGCUUACUGGAGAGAGAGGAGGGUAAAGGGCUGUUUGAUAAGCUGGAUUCUGGGCUCUAAGGUCAAAAGGCUGAGUUCUAAGUUCUGGACAUGGUAGACUCAAAGGGCAUGUUGACAGUGAAAUUAUCCAAAGAAAUCACAAUUGCAGGGGCCUUCCAUGGGUCCCACAAGCAGAGAAUCAAGACAUUGGAGACCUGGAUACCCGAGUUGAAGAGAAAACUACCUAUUUUGUUGCAACCAAUCUGGAAAGCGAGAGCAGACCUACAUCUGGUGACAGAGACUCUGGAGACAGCAAGGAAGGAAACCCUGAAAACUGAAUGGCAAUCUAUGUUGUGGAGCCUGAUGAGUGCAAGCUUACAUAUUUGUUUCUUGGGUAACACAAAAUCCUUUCCAGAAGAGGAAGAUGGUUCAUCUUCCCCUACAGGGAAAUCCUUGGGUUUGGAGGAUUUCAGAAACAUGAAGGAGAAGGUGCAGGACAUGGUGAGAGGCUUCUAGGAUCUGACUGAGGAGGAAUAAAAAGAUGUGCUAAGCUGCCUCACUAAGCACCUCAACAAGGAUGGGCAGCAACAGAAUCUAGAACAAAUAGUGUCUGAGGUCCCAAUCUCUGGUGACCUACACAUGGAGGUCAGUAGGUCCUCUUGUAAGUAAAAUAGCCUUUUUAGUGCUGCUGGGAUCUCGGUAAAAGCAUGUACAGAAUCCAUUCUGGAUGUCCUGGAUGCCUUGAUUGAGAUGUCUGAGGAGCAGCCUCUUGUGGCUGAGGCCCUGGUGAAGGGGACCCUGUCUCUGUUGAGAGGCCAGGUGGAGUCUGUCCUGGAGCAGAACUGUGGUGAGCAGUCCCUUGACAUGGGUUGUGACCCUGAGGCAAGACUUCUCCGUGCCCUCUAUGUUGCUGUUUCCGUCCUGCUGCAGUUGGGUGAGAAGCCGACGUCAGUGUCUUCCUAACUCUGUGUUAGCUCUUAAACCAUUCUGGGUGCUCCCCUCCCAGGCCAUCCUCCUUCUGUACCCCAAUCACUAGAAUGAUGUCUUUAUAACAAACAGCUGACUUUUCUUUGAUACAUCCCAUUCCAUACAUGAUAAUGCCCCCAAAUCAGCCUGCAUUAUAUGCAUGGACUUCUAAGAGUGGCAGAUUGGUCAUAUUUUCUCUCCUUCUUGAAAUCUCACUAAAUUAAAGCAAUAGAACCCACAAUGUGUAAACCCACAAUGAUAAAGAGAACAAGGCAGCAGAUAAGAGAUUCUGACACAUCUUUGGAAACUAGCAGGUUACUAAAGGAGUUCGCGCCGGGAGGUGUGGGCCUGAGAUGUGCAGGAAG